GGGAGACGAAGGCGGGAACACACAGAGGAGGGUGAGGUUUCCGGGGACACAUUUCGAGGUGGCACCAGCCUGAGGAUGGCUGAUGCUCAGUCUCCACCAGAGCCGCCGGUGUCCGCAGACAUCAGUGGAGACUUCAAGAAGCCAGCCCUGCCAGGGUCCGCGGCAGCGCCGGGUAAAGCUUCGGCCGUCAGUGGUGCAAAAUCUGGGGAGGCGGCGGAAGAAUGUCCCACGGUGCUUUCGGGUCCCGAGUCUGGGGAAGCCGAAGCUCCGCUGCCGCGGCCGGGCGGCGGGGAGAUGCGGAGUCUCCCGGAGCAGCAGCUGCGUCCCCCGACUGUGGUUUCUUGCCCAGGAGGCCCGGCCCGGACACCACCGUACCAAGAGCCUCCUUGGGGCGGCCCAGCCACCGCCCCCUACAGCCUAGAGACUCUGAAGGGCGGCACUAUCCUUGACACCUGCAGUUUGAAGGGAGCGAGUUACUUCCUUUUCGGAAGGCUGUCUAGCUGCGACAUAUGCCUGGAGCAUCCUUCGGUGUCCCGGUACCAUGCCGUGCUGCAGCACAGGGCGCCCGGCGGGGACGAAGAGUGCGAAGGCCAGGGGCAGGGUUUCUACUUGUACGAUCUGGGAAGUACCCAUGGCACUUUUCUCAACAAAACUCGCAUCCCGCCCCGCACCUAUUGUCGAGUCCACGUCGAACACGUUUUUCGCUUUGGAGGCAGCACUCGGCUCUUUAUCUUGAAGGGACCAGAGGAAGACCGAGAGGCAGAAUCCGAGUUAACAGUAACGCAGCUGAAGGAACUGCGAAAACAACAACAAAUGUUGUUGGAGAAGAAGAUGCUAGGGGAGGACUCAGAUGAAGAGGACAUGGAUACCACAGAACGAAAGGAAACUACUAGCGGCCAAGAUGAUGACAUGGGCUGCAGCUGGGGAAUGGCUGAAGAUGCUGUAGAGGAUGAGGCUGAAGAGAAUCCCAUUGUCUUAGACUUUCAGCAGGAAAGGGAAGCUUUUUAUAUAAAAGAUCCAAAAAAGGCUCUCCAAGGUUUCUUUGACCGAGAAGGAGAAGAAUUAGAGUAUGAAUUUGAUGAACAGGGACAUAGCACUUGGCUCUGCAGGGUGAGAUUACCGGUGGAUGAUUCAACUGGGAAACAGCUGGUGGCAGAGGCCAUUCACUCAGGAAAGAAAAAGGAAGCAAUGAUCCAGUGCUCACUGGAAGCUUGUCGGAUUCUUGACAGUUUGGGAUUGCUACGGCAGGAAGCAGGUCAGUAUAUGGGAUCUCUGGGAACUAACUACAUUGCUACUUUCCCCAUGUCUGUGAAUUUGACUGGUUUAGAUACUGCAUAUAAGGGCAAUCAUGGUGUACAGGUUGCAAAGUUAAAUGAUGCUGAAAAAGAACUUUCUGAAAUUUCUGAGAGGCUCAAGGCUUCCAGCAAAGCUCUCUCAGAGUCGGCAUCUCAGGAUUCAUUAGAUGUGUUCAUGUCAGAAAUUAAAUCAGGGAACACAUUAGAUGGUGUGUCUCGGAAGAAACUUCACCUGAGAACUUUUGAACUAAGGAAAGAACAACAGAGACUCAAGGGGUUAAUAAAAAUUGUAAAGCCAGCGGAGAUCCCUGAACUAAAAAAGACUGAAAGUCAGACUGCAGUUUCAGGAAACAAAGCUAAGAAGCUUACAUUACCUCUUUUUGGUGCCAUGAAAGGUGGAAGCAAAUUCAAAUUAAAAACUGGAACAGUAGGGAAGUUGCCUCCCAAGCGGCCAGAACUCCCUCCAGCUCUAAUGAGACUAAAGGAUGAGCCUGAAGUAGAAGAGGAGGAAGAAGAGGAAGAGGAAGAAGAAAAAGAAAAAGAGGAGCAUGAAAAGAAAAUGGAGGAUGGAAGCAGCGGGCUGCUGCCAGGCAUAGAGGCAGAAGCCGCAGGGCAGGAAAUAAACACUCCUGCAGACUUCCUGUGCGAUGCCGAAGAAGGCGGCCACGAAAACAUGCCUCAACUCAGCCAAUUAGAACAGAAUAAAAGUUGUCAAGAGACUAGUGAGAUAGCUUCAUCACAAGAGGAGCCCACAGUAUCAGAGAAUGAACAUAAGAGCAGCACUGAUGAAUUGAAGAAAAAGAAAGCUCCUGGUCCAAGCAAAUUUGUACCUACACUUUCUUCAAAAUAUCCUGAAGAUGAUCCAGACUACUGUGUAUGGGUUCCACCUGAAGGUCAAAGUGGAGAUGGCAGAACCCAUCUUAAUGACAAGUAUGGCUAUUGAUUUCUUUAAGACUCUCAGAGGACAACCUGUGGACCAUGUACAUAAGAUGUUUUGGAUAAUAUGUCCAGUUGAGGCCAGAGAUGUUCAAGUUGGGUGACUGGCCUUUUCUUCCAUGCUUUUGGUUGCUUAAAUUUAUUCUCCUGAGAUUUUGGUGUUUAUGUUUAAAAGUGCUUGUGUAUAUAUGUAAAAAAGAAACCACAUGCUUUGAGAAUUAAAAGGUGAGACACGUGACCCUCUUAUAAAAUGACAUAUAAAAGAUAUCUGUAGUGUUG